CUUUGGUGGUUUGUGGGAAGCAGGAGUCAAAUCGGCAAAUUUCACCUCAAUCGUAUAUUAGGUAACGCUCGUUUAACAUAUGAGGAAUUGGCAACUCUCUUUAGUCAGGUGGAGUCCAUCCUGAAUAGUCGUCCCUUGUGUCCUUUGUCGUCCUCUCCAAACGAUUUCCAACCCUUAACCCCAGGUCACUUCAUCAUCGGCCGCGCGCUCACUUCGUUGCCGUCGCCCCACCUCGCGGAUAUAAACCCAAACCGUUUAGAUAGGUUUCAGAGGCUCGAGGCAUUAAGACAGCACUUCUGGCGGCGCUGGCAAAUGGAAUACGUCUGCGAGCUCCAGCAACGGACGAAAUGGCGUGUUCCAGGACGAGCUCUUCAACUGGGUGACCUGGUCCUAAUCAAGGAAGAGAAUACUCUUCCACUGCACUGGCGGCUUGGACGAGUCGCCAAAUUGUUUCCUGGCGCUGACGGGAUUUCGCGAGUAGCUGAAGUUGCUACUGUAACGGGCACCUAUAAACGAGGUGUGAAGUACCUCUGCCCUCUGCUGGACGAGACCCAUGAAGCCUUGAAGGCUGACGCCUCCAAGGGCCCCCAGGAUGUUUCGGCUCCUACCACCGAAGGGGAAGCGGGGACCGUACACCGCUAAACCUGUUGACCACUGCC